GCAAGAGGUCGAAGGAAAACUCGGCAACUUCUUAAUUACGCUGUUGUCGGCCCUCUGAAAAAACAGUGCUGCAGGCUCGUCCAGGAUAUGACAUGCGUUCGCACGAAUGUGUUAUUUCUUUCUCCUAUUUGCCCUUUCUCCAUGAGCGGCUCAUAAGAAUUCGAGAAUUUUUCGAUAAGAAUUUAGAAUAUAUUGGAAUAGCCGGAAACCAAAUGCCAGAUAAUCCGAUGGCAGUCGCUCAACCCAGCGAUAUUACUACAUUUUAGUUGAAACUGGGAGUAAAGGUACGCGUACUUUUCUCCUAUAUGCAUUCAAAAAAUGUUGUAUGUAUAGAUAGAUAACGCUCCGAGAGUAUAAAAAUACGCGUCAUUUAUAAAAGCAGCAAGCUUCACAAUAUUGCGUAUAGACAAUCAAUCUUGAGAUUAUAUACGGGUCUGCUUGUACUGAUUUUCAUGGAAAAAUGAGUGAAGAUGAAUCGGUCGAGGCGACCGAAUCCGCCGAGAGCGAAGUCCAAAAUCCUUUAGGCUCGUACGAAGGCGAGCGCAACAAGUCGGGCGAGCGUCACGGCUUCGGCCGUUAUCUGCUGGCCAACGGGGACACUUACGAAGGCGAGUACUGCCGAGGACUUCGCCACGGACACGGGCUUUACGUCUUCAAACUUGGCGCGCGCUACGAGGGCCAGUGGCGCAGAGGCCAGAAACACGGCCGGGGCAGCUUUGUUUACCCAGACGGCACUCGAUACGAAGGCGAAUGGAAGCGCGACAAGAGAUGCGGCUUCGGAGCUUACCACUACCGCAACGGCGACGUCUACGAGGGCACAUGGCGCCAGGACUACCGUCACGGCUUGGGCAGCUACACUUACGCCGACGGCGGCUGUAAAUUCUACGGGAGCUGGAUCGCCGACCGAAUGCAGGGCAUAGGACAGUUGACCCACCAGAGACACCGCUAUCACGGCUUCUGGGAAACAAAUCUGCCACAAGGACGCGGUUGUUACAUAUUUGAGAAUGGCAGCAUGCUUCACGGCCACUUCCUGCACAUCCUGGAUACCUCCGGUCAGAUCGUGACCGAAACUGACGAAGCUGCGCAGGAGCCGGAAAUUAGCGAGGAGGAACCGCCAAAAGAAGACACUGCUGUUGACGCGAAGGAACUAAGACCCGAGCCUCUGAAACAAGGAAUCGUUGCGGUUGUCUGGCGGUCUCGUCGCGUAACCCCCUACAGUUCCGACCUGAUGCCGCCGGAACCUGCUGCAGUGAUCGAUCAGGGGUCAUCCAUGGAAACUCUAAACGACGACGUGUGCGACGAAACGGACGAUGAGAGGGCAGAGGAGUACCUGAAAAGGGAUGACUACGAGGUUGAGUACGAGGACGAGUACGUAGACGAGGAGGCCGAGGACGAAGAGAACGACUAUUUGCGAGACUAGCCUCGUUACCGGUCACGUAUGAUCUUCUCCUUUUUAUGCAACGCCUCCGACGAAACUCGUCAUUUCGACUAUGACAAAUACAUAUAAACGUGCGACGAAAAUUGUUCUCCGAACGUGAUCAGGCAUUCCUUUUACCGCAUACAAAUGUAGCUUUUUGGAUGAAUACGUGUUCGAAACAGCAGGGCAGAUUUUCGGCCGAUUUUGAUACGUGCUAGUCUUUCACUUGAAAUACCUUCCUGAAUCGAUGCCUGAUUUUGGAUUUCUUUUAUGUUUUUGUCGCAAACUUUAAUGUAUGAAACUAUACCCUUAUACUGUAAAUUACGUCUGAUGUUUUUAUUAAACAAAUUUGUCAUUCAAGAUCAUUUA